GAUAGGUGGUGUUUGUUUGAAGUUACCGCCUUACCUGAUAAGGGUACCAGCCGGAAGCUGUCGUCCUGGGGGUCCCAGGGAUUGAGCCCCCUCUGCUGACUGGGCAGGACGCAUUGCCGCGAUUUGGAGGGGUGGUCCAUGUAGAAUGGGUGCUCUGCUGUGGGGCCUCGUGAACCUGCUUGGCGGACUGCCCACAUUGGGUGGGAAGACAGGUUAUGAGUAAUGACGAGGCAGUCAAAAAUACCUUUUCAGGUCGUUAAUGUGUAAAUAGUGCUGCGUGGGGAAAGAAAGAAGAGGGCUCCUGCCGGUGGGGUUUAACGAGGGGGGUGACAGGGUUACCCACGGAAGUCGAUGAACGAGCAGGUGAAAGAAGCUGGCCUGCAGGGAGCCAGGCCUUACGCCUAGAACCUGGCAGGGUAAAGGGUUAGGGUCUGAAAUUGAACUACCAGAAAAGGAACAGCCUUUCUUCUUUAUUUGUUACAGUAUAUUAGAAAAUGCAAAUGAGAUUUCUCAUUACCCACUUAUAACCUAGGACUGUGCUUUAAUAACCUUUUUCCUGUAUAUAGUUCACUUUUUAAAACAGUUUUAUCUUGUACUCUGCAUACUGGUCGUUUUCCAUUUAAAGUGUAAACACUUUGCACUUAUUAAGUGAAAACCUACAUCAUUAUUUUUGACGAUUUAUAGUAUCUUCUUGUCUAGCAGUGCCGUAACUUGUCCCUGUUGUUGGACAUGUAUGUCUUCCCAGUUUUUCACUCAAAUAAUAUGGUGAACAUCCUUGAAACCAAAUUACUAGUGAGUGAGUUCUCACAAGUGCAGAUGCUGGGUCACAUGUGUAAGUGUUUAUGAAGUUUUUCAUGUGUGUGGCCCAUCCGCUCUCCAGGAAGUCUGGGGUGCUGAGCUCUGUGGUUGGCAAAACUCAAGACCCAAAAGCUGCUGGGCCUCCAAAAAAGAAAAGGAAGAAAACACAAAAGAAACUUCGGGAGCAGGAAGAGAAGGCCACAGAGCACAAGGCCCAGUCCCUGGAGAAGUCGUCUCUGGCAGCUUUCAGGGCCAAGAAGUCAGCAGCAGCCAAAGAGGAGGUGUCCACCUCCACCACAGCCCCUGCAGGUAGCCCGGCCGCAGAGCCUGACUCUUUCUUUGCCCUGGAUGUUCUGCGGCAGCGGCUGCAUGAGAAGAUUCAGGAGGCCCGGGGCCAGGGCAGCACCCGGGAGCUGUCUCCAGCCACUCUGGAGAAAAGGCGGCGGAGGAAGCAGGAGCGGGAGCGGAAGAAGAGGAAGCGAAAGGAGCUGAGAGCCCAGGAGAAGGCUGCAGCGGCUGGGAAGGCUAUGGAGGCCGCUGUGCCGCCCCCUGAGGAGCCGAGCAAGGAGCCCGGCAAGGAGCCGGCGGAGCUGAUGUUCAGUAAGGUGGAGGUGGGUGAGGAGGAGCCGGCCAGCAAGGCCCAGCGGAGGAAGGAGAAGAGGCAGAAGGUGAAGGGGAACCUGACGCCUCUGACCGGCAAGAACUACCGGCAGCUGCUCGAGCGCCUGCGGGCACGGCAGAGCCGGCUGGAGGAGCUGCGGGAGCAGGACGCGGGCAGGGCGCGGGAGCUGGAGAGCAAGAUGCAGUGGACCAACCUGCUGUACAAGGCCGAGGGCGUGCGGAUCCGCGACGACGAGCACCUGCUGCAGGAAGCACUGAAGCGCAAGGAGAAGCGGCGGGCGCAGCGCAAGCGCAGGUGGGAGAAACGCACAGCACAGGUUGUGGAGAAGAUGCAGCAGCGCCAGGACAGGCGGCGGCAGAACCUGCACAGGAAGAAGGUGGCCAAGGCCGAGCGGCGGAUGGAGAAGGCCCGCAAGAAGGGCCGGAUUCUGCCCCAGGACCUGGAGCGGGCCGGCCUCGCGUGAGGGCCACUGGCCCAUGUCCCCCAGCCCCGGGCACCAUCUCCACCCGUGCUGCCAUCUCCACCCUCAGGCGUGCGGAGGUCCCCGAAUCCCACCUGGGCUCGAGUGUCCUCUCCACGUUGUUCUUGAGACCCUGGGGAAGGGUGAGCCAGGCCUGCCCAAGAUGCUCUUACAGGCAGGAAAGCCCCCAUUGGCUUGCAGGGCCAGGCCCCGGCCCCCUCUUCCCUCACCUGUGUACACAGGGUCACAGGAGCAGAGGGGAGUGGACUUUGCUGACUGUCAUCUUAGUCCAAACCUCACUUGGAAGGGACAGAGACCCAGCUCCCCUUGGCCUGAGUGGAAGGUGGACUUGCCUGGCUGGUGUGGCUUGGGCGAGGGGUGGAUCCAACCUCGGGCGUGGCUGACCCCAAACAGAACAAAAUCUCUGGGAGGGAGGGAGCUGCUCCGUUGUGGCCUGGGUGGGUGUGACUUGGGUCCCAGGCCCACCCUGGCCGGUGGCAGUUACCCUCCUGGAGUCGGGAAGGUGGCCCGUGGAGGGAGGUUUGCUGCAGCAGAAGAGGCUGGCGACGGUGGAGGAGACAGACGGCGACUGCAUGGCUCGCCUGCCACCUGGGUGCUGGGGUCAGGGAUGGGAGGGAUCGUUACGCGGGGCAAAGGAUGCUCACCUAGUAACUAGGCAGAAGAGAGCUUCCUGCCCCAGGUUAGUUUUCUUUUAUAAAAUGGGUAGAGUCUUCUCAGGGUACCUAAUUCAAAACACACAAGAACAGACUUUUGCUCCAGGCAGCACAGCAUCUUAGAUGGGCUCAGAGCCCUUUCUGGUGUGGUGAAAGGAAAAGCGCUUUAUAGGGUGUCUCUUGUUUUUUAGCGCAUGACUGGGCUGGGGGGGAGGAAUUAAGAGGCCAGAAAUGACGGAGUGCGGGUGCCCUGGCAUGAGCUGGUGGGACCUCAGGGCUGGGUGAGGUGGAGACUGCCGGCCUGUCCUGGUGCUUCCCAAGGUGGAGGGUGGGCACUUGGGACGGUCACACAGGAUCUUGGACAUGACCAAAGACCAGUGUUGGUGACUGAAGUGCCUGAAAAAUAUCACAGGGGAGGCAGCCUUUCAGAAGAGUGGCUGAGAAGUUUCUAGAUUUGGAGCUCGAGACUGGUCUUGGGAUCCGGAGGCCUGCAGCAGCUCAAGUCGCCAGCAGGGAAGACCGUGCUGCCCAGCUGCUGGGAGCAGAGCUGGUUGACCGGCAGGCUCUCCCUCAGCUCAUGUGCCCUGGCUGUCCUGCUCACGGGGAGCUGCUUCCUGCUGAUGGUGCAGUGGGGUGCCAGGGUCUUGGCAUUUCUACCAGAGCUGGUGGAGACUGAAUCAUGGGCCAAGGCUCGCCCUGCCAGGUCCUGUUCCCCAUCCCCACCUUCCAUAGGUGCAACCCCCCCCCCCAUAACUGUCUCAGUGUCUGCUGGAGGAACGCAACGAUUCCAGUACGAGACCUGUUUUUUAAAAGCCCCACUGGACGUAAGUGUCUGUCUGGAAUAGAGAUAGAGAAGGUGUGAUGGGCAGCCAGGGAAAGGGGCAGGUUCCCUGCCAGCAAUAACAGAUGGACAACUGAUUUUUCAGCAACAAUGAAAGCCUGGAAAAUAAAGUGCUGAGAAAAAAGUCAGUCUGGAAAACCGUGUAAACGUUUUUCACCUAAGUGAGGGUCUGUUGUCAGUCAACAAUUUUUGCUUGCCAAAAAAAAUGUCUUUAUUUCAGCCAGGUUCUUGAGAAGGAAUAUUAUUCCAAAAAGGAAUGUUGAGCAAGACAAGGGGAGACAUUUUAAAUAUAAACAAAUGCUGAUAGUAUAAAACUGUCUAGUUUGGUGGCUGUUUAAAUUAAGUAAAGUUAAAAAUUCA